AUGUACUCUGGGUCCCGUGCCCACUGUGGGUCCCGCGCCCACUGUGGGUCCCGUGCCCACUGUGGGUCUCGCGCCCACUGUGGGUCUCGCGCCCACUGUGGGUCUCGCGCCCACUGUGGGUCUCGCGCCCACUGUGGGUCUCGCGCCCACUGUGGUCCCGUGCCCACUGUGGGUCCCGUGCCCACUGUGGGUCUCGCGCCCACUGUGGGUCCCGUGCCCACUGUGGGUCCCGUGCCCACUGUGGGUCCCGUGCCCACUGUGGGUCCCGUGCCCACUGUGGGUCCCGUGCCCACUCUGGGUCCCGUGCCCACUGUGGGUCCCGUGCCCACUGUGGGUCCCGUGCCCACUGUGGGUCCCGUGCCCACUGUGGGUCCCGUGCCCACUGUGGGUCCCGUGCCCACUGUGGGUCCCGUGCCCACUCUGGGUCCCGUGCCCACUGUGGGUCCCGUGCCCACUGUGGGUCCCGUGCCCACUGUGGGUCCCGUGCCCACUGUGGGUCUCGCGCCCACUGUGGGUCCCGUGCCCACUGUGGGUCCCGUGCCCACUGUGGGUCCCGUGCCCACUGUGGGUCCCGUGCCCACUGUGGGUCCCGUGCCCACUGUGGGUCCCGUGCCCACUGUGGGUCCCGUGCCCACUCUGGCACUUGUUUGUAUCAGUCUCUGCCCGCGCUCUAUAUUCAUUAAUAACUAA